UCGAAGAUGAUGCAGAAGCAGCUGCAGAGGGAUGAGGUUUACCGUUGGUUCAGCGAGUUGAAUUCCUCGCAGCGAGUGGAUUUCAUUUGCGGGCUCCUCGACCUCUGCAUCCCCCUGGAGCUACGGUUUUUGGGCUCCUGCCUCGAGGACUUGGCCAGGAAGGAUUACCACUCCCUCAGGGACUCCGAGAUUAAAGCCAAUAACGUGGCCGAUUUGGCCAGUUUGACCAACAUGACCGAUGAAGUGGUCCGCAGCAAACUCAUCGUCUCCUUGGCCCUGCUCUGCUCCGACAACAGGGAGGCAUCCGGGGUCCUCUACCGCACCCUCACACACAUCGACUCUAUCAUCAACAACUACGGCCUUCAGCUGCACGACAGGACGGGCGACGAAUUCCUGCUGCUGUUUACCAUGGCAUCCAACCACCCCGCCUUCACCUUUCACCAGAAACAAGUCUUCAGGCAGGAGUUACUGGAGAUCCAGAGGAUUAUCGAUAGCACUUCCAACACGAACACCGGUCCUGGCAUCGCCGCUUCGGUCACAACACCAACAACUCCCGCUCCAGCCGGCAGGGAUAACACCUCGACUGUUUGCAAGGUUUCGCAUAAAACUGAAAGUGGUGUGAAUUGUUUAGAGAAUGAAUUGCAAGCAUCAGCACAUUCCUACAAGGAGUCUUUUCAAAAACGGCCUCCAGGCAAGCAUUCAAAAAUCAGCAUUGAGAGGAUAGAUGUGAAAGGAUUACAACACAAGAAGAGUGACCGGACUGCGGAAUAUUCUUUUGAGGUCUUAUGGUCAGAUUCUUCAGUAACUUUUGUAGUGAAGUCCCUUCGAGAAAUUAAAGAAUUUCUUUCAAAGCUUCCUCAAGUAUUCCCAGAAGAGAAUUUAGAAAAUGUCAUUCCAGACACUACCAACCAUGAUUGUUCCUAUAUGGAGGAGCGGAACCAUACAGAUCUGGAGCCAUAUCUCAGAUAUUUGGUGUCCUUGCCAUCGCACAUAUUGAAAAAUGACCACAUAAAGAAAUUCUUUUGCACUGCCCAGGUCAAUCAUCCCACUCAGCACUUGUAUACCAACUCACUACCAGUGACACUACACAAAGCUAACUCGAGUAACGGUGCAGCUGUAAGACCAAUAUGUGGCGUAGCUGGCAUCCAAUGUUCUCACAACUCACUACAACCUUCACUGCCUCCCACUCUGUGCUCUCAUCCAGUUGCUGGAAGCUCUUCAGGCAGUUGGCCACAGACUGAGAACUUGAGUCCACAUAAUGUGGAACAAAUUGGUAUUCUAGAUUGGCUUAAAAAAUUACGACUGCACAAAUAUUAUCCUGUAUUUCAGCAACUCACAAUGGAUAAGUUCCUGAGCCUAACUGAAGAGGAUCUGAACAAAUUUGAAACACUCACAUUAGGAGCAAAGAAAAAGCUGAAAACCCAAUUGGAACUUGAAAAAGGGAAAUGCGAGAAACGAAAUCUCAACAGCUUGGGUCAGUCAUCUAUUUCCAACAGUGGAAUUGCACGAGUUACACCAACAAGUCAUUUUGGACCUAUUCACUCGAUCCGUUGCAACCCUACUGCAGAACUCCGAGUGGAGGUGGAUCAGCAAAGUCGCACAAUAAACAGGGAUAGCGGAUCUUCCUCUGACUAUUCCAGUUCACCAUCGAGUCCAAUGGGAAUUCAGGGAAGGGAAGAGAGCUCGGACAGUGCAGAUGAAAAUGAAAAACAUGUGGAAACUGUAUUGGACAUUCCAAUAAAGGAGAAACCAGCAAUGUUAACUCACCUGAACAACUUAAGCACUGGGUCGUGGAGACCCACAGCACAGGUCUUACCAGUGCAAAAUGAGACUGGAUUAGCACAUCCCAGCCACGUAGCUUCUGGAUUGGCCCAUACCAGCCAUGCAUCUUCAGCAGCCAUCUCUACAGUACAGUUUAUGCCAGUAAUUUCUUCAAACAUUGCUCCCAGCCGAAUGCUGAAUUCUGCACGUAAGUCCGAAAGAGGCAGCUUGGAAACUAAGCUUAUAACUGGCAUUUCUUCAACUCAUGCAAAUCCAUCUGAGCUUGGAACAAAGCUUUACGAAGCACCUCCAGGACCUGGCAGCAGCAUCAAAGUAGAAAAAAAGUUUGGCCCUCUUGGUACCAUGGUUGUAGAUGUAAUGCCAACUUCACUGCAACCUUCCAAAAUAGCAGCAGGUGCUUCAGAGAACAGUAGCUUUCAACCUAACCUGGGAAACUUUGGGAUAAGAGCUAAAGUUGGACCUCCUUGCACAGAUGUUCCCAAAACAACUCCAUUGCCAGUAUUGAGAGUGGAGACAAGUACUUCCACCACUAACUCUUCAUAUCACCUCUCUCACCCGCCUAUGAAAAUCCUUGUCUCCUCCUCCAUUCCUUCAGAAUCUAUGCUGAUGGGUCAGACAGCCUAUAGUAGUGUUGUACAAGUAAAAAGUAUCCCACCUGCAGUAAUAAGCUCAAGGACAGUUCCUUAUUCACCAAACACCAAAGUUGCCUUUUCAACAGUUCAGUGUUCACCUGUAACUUCUAUCCCUGGAACUUUUUGUGGGAGUAACAACGCACCUGCAAACAAUCACACUUCUGUGUCCUUCGCAAACAUUAUGAAUGUGCCAAACUGCCCUGCCCCCAGCUCUAGUCCCAGUCUCUCCUCUGUAGUGGACAACGGUUACAUUAACAGCAAUAAUGGUGGUAGUGGCUCAGGAGUGAGUAUCCCUGUGCAACAGCAAACCGGAUGCAAUGUGUGUAGUUCUUGUGGUUGCAGUGGAAACUGUGGUUCAAAUCCUGUGACUAUUAAUUACGCCAGCUAUUUCCAAAACCCAUUUUCAGGCCCUUCAGUGUUGACUUUUCCUCUCUUUCCAAUUAGUCCGUUAUGUAACAAUGGUUACAUUAGCACCCAACAAUACAAUAAUAGUACUGCCUUUCCCUAUCCAGUAGUACCACCUCCUGUUCACAACAAUGGAUUGUCUCCAGACACUCUUAUAAGUGGGCAAUCAGGUUUUGUCCUGCCCCCCAUGCAAAAUUUCCUGGGAGGCACAACUACGUUAUAUCAAACACAGAGCGUGGUAGGAAGCACAAAUGGAUCAGGACAUAAAAAGAAUGGGAAUAUAUCAUGUUACAAUUGUGGAGCAAAUGGACACCGAGCCCAGGAUUGCAAGCAGCCAGCCAUGGACUCCAAUCAGCAAGGUACUUUUAGGUUGAAGUAUGCACCUCCGUCUGAAAGCAUGGACUCGGCAGACUAAUAUUUGGGCUUAGUAUGAAUCACUACGUGCCACUGAGUAACCCAAUGGCAGGUACAAAGAAAGAUGUCCAAUGGAUGUCCACUGCUGCUAGAUUAAUUUUCUGCUGUUUUUAUCCAAAGGUGCUUUUUUUUUUUAAAAAGACAAUCUUAUACGGGGAGAUAAAGUGAUUACGCACGCACUGGAUGUGAGUUUACACAGACAGUUUUAAAAAGUAAUGGUUAAAACAGAAUCAUUGUUUGUUAAAUUGUGCAUUGAUUUUGCACAAGGAAAGAGGAAUUUAUCCAUACUAUAACUGUACUAUUGAUGUUCUGAGCACUCGUGCUGCAGCAGAAAGCUUCCAAACAAAGUGUUCAUAUUUGGAUAGUCUGUACUGUACAGCUUUUACAACAGUUGAGGAAAUCGGGCAAAGCCAGAGUUGAAGAAAGAGCUGGUACGUUUAUGCGACUUUGGUGGAGCUCAAUGGGUGACCAAGGUGCUAAUUCUGACCACCAGAAUGGAGAAAGUACUGACUUGGGGGGGGAAAACCUAUCUGUUCUUGUAAGGUUCCAAGUUGUACAUGUUAUAUGAGAGAGCCCUUGUAUGUUAAGUUGUCAACCAGUAUUUUUGUAAAGUUAGUGUGGGCUAUUGUCUGUAGAAAGAUGCUAUCAAGUUCUCUGAAAGCGAACCUGAUAGAAUCUGUGUCAUUUACAAGCCUAUUAUAUGUUGGAGCUGAAAUUAGAUCAGACCACAGUUAAAAGAAUUUGAUGCACAGUUAUGACAAAAGCUGCCAUUGGAAAAUAUUCACACCGAUCUCUACUUAAAGAGAAUAUUGAAUUGGAUCUUUCAACCUGCAACAUUGGUAAUAUUGUAGAAGACCAUCUUCAGUUUGGAAAAGUAAACCAUUUUUUUCUUUAGUUGAUGGUUUAGCUCUUCAUCCAGAUGAAGGAUGCCUUGAUUCACUAAAGUGGCAGUUGAGAACCGUUUUGCUUUAGUCAUGAAGAAUCCAUCGCUUUAUGCUUUUCAGCCUCAGAUUUGCAGAAUCUGGAGUUGGAUGUGGAAGCUGUUUACAGUGAUUCAUCUUAUUUCUAUGCAAGGUGGAAGCUGGAAGUGUUCCACAGAACUGAACAUGCAAUGCAGUAUUAUUCCUUUUGUUAUGUAUUGUAUUUUGAAUAUGCAGUUUGUUGAAAUGUUUGCUGUAACAAUAUUUUUACUUCACUGAGGAUAUUAUAGAAUUGCCAUUUGAAGUUGGCUUUGUUGCUUGCAAUUUUAUUGACUGGGAUUACCACAUGUCAUUUUAGAGUGAAAUGGGAAGAAAGUGGCCAAUGCAUCAUUUCUACCUGCCUUAAUGAACUUGAAAUCGGAGCCAAUUUUACAAAUAUAUGUCAUAUUAUAGAAUUGCGAUUUGCUCCUUUUGAGUAUAUAGUUUUCGAUGGAAGGCUUCUGAUUAGACAAUUUUUUUUUAGCGGCCCACACCUCUCGUGCAAGUGAAGAGAACGAAUUUUGAAGCUCAAUAAAGAGGAAUUUACUUAAAGGAUGAUGUUCACAUCCACAGCAAUGCAAGUGUUGGGUAAAUAAAAAAGCUGUUGUAUUUAUUUUGGUGAUUCCUUCUGUUUAAUCUAUAACGUUUAUUAACUUCUACAGCAUGAAACUUGGUGUGAGAGCUAUAGAGAGUCAAUGACUACUCUUGUGGAUUGUGUACAGAGAAUAUGUAACAAUCCCUAGUACUUUAAAGAAAACUGAAGAUUGUCUUCCUGGGUUUUCGUUCUUUCUUAGUGACAAUUUCAUAUAUUAAAACCCAGGUUUUAAGAUUAUGGGUAGGAGGUGUAGGGGGAGGGAAAGAACAAUAUAUAUAUAUAUUCAUCUUUCAAGGGAGUGUUUUCCACUUCAAAACAUUUGCAUUAAUUGUGGAUCAUCAGGUAUUUAAAUUUUUGCUUUCGAGAACUGUGCUUACAAUGAAAACAAACUUAAAUACUAUUCAUAUGAUACAUAACUUUAGAAUUAAAACUUCAAAACACCAUCUCCAAAUAAUGUACUGAUAAACUGCUUGCAGGUUAGCACGAGCAUAUAGCUGAGAUAGCUCUGUAAGAAAUGUCUUAUCCAGAGCUGUGCUUAAUAACAAGUUUGAAAACCUAAUGGGGGACAAUGGGGGACAACAGAGACAAGACUGACAAACUCUGGGACUUCUUGGAAAUUGAAUCUCAACAAAAUUAAUCUCAAUUUAAUGUUAGUAAAUCAUUUUAGACUGCUCCAUUACAAACUGUUGGAAUUGAGUUUGUGAAUUUGAGAAGCUUUUCAUGGGGCAUUUACAAACGACGAUUUACUAAGUAUAAAAUAGGACCGAAAAUUCCCAAGUUGGGAACAAAACACAGAUUUGUUUAUUGAAUUAUCUGUUUAUUCAUGCUAACG